AUACUCCGAAGCACACUAUAAACAUUUUAACUUGCAAAAUUUUAAAUUUUUGUCUUUCGUAAUGAUAUAAAUCAGUUUUAUCAAAAGCUGCUCUACGGGGUCGUAUUGAUUGGUUAUAAGGCCUCAAAGAGAACGUUGUUCAAUUCCAAAUUUCAUGCCUAAACAUUUUUGUGGGUUAAUUAAUCCUAGAUAAUAUUCCGAUAAUUUUUUGGUAGGAACUACUUUUUAGAAGACUGAUGGAAAGAGGCACUUCCUUGUUUUCAGCAAAUGUUGCUCAACAAUCAUCAAAUUAUGAUGAACUCUUUAUGCAGCAGCACAUUCUUUUUACUGAUAGUUUGAAGGACUUGAAGAAUAUAAGGAAGCAGUUGUAUUCAGCUGCAGAAUAUUUUGAAUCUUCUUAUGAGAGAGAUGAUGAUAAACAACUUGUGGUGGAAACCGUGAAAGAUUACGCGACUAAAGCUCUUAUCAGUAGUGUUGAUCAUCUGGGUUCUGUUGCAUUUAAAGUCACCACUUUCUUGGAUGAUAAGGUCACUGAAUUUUCUGAUACGAAGGUUCGAUUCUCGAACAUUGAACAGAGGUUAAGGAUAUGUCAGGAGUUUACUGAGCAAGUCGGAGUUCGACGACAAACUCUGGUGGUUGAGACUCCGAAGCACCAUAAGAGAUACAUUUUCCCAGCCAAGCCAACUUCAGAUAGUAACGGCGAGCCAGAACUGAUAAAAAACAGUCCCGGCUUGAGUCUCGAUGAGGGCUCGAACAAAUCUGUUCAACCAAAUCUGGUGAGACCUGAUGCACAAAUUAUUAGAGGAAUUUCUCGGCCACUUUCUGCAUCCCCAGGUUCUGCAAAUUUUUCAUUUACUAGGGCUGCUUCAAGGAAAGUAUCAGGUCAGAAUACACGAGGAGUUUCACCUCUUCGGUUUUCACUAAAGCGUGCUGAGUCAGUUGCUGAUAGAUCACGUUCUCCAAAUCCUGCUAACAAUAACAUACAGCAGCAUUUUCCGGUGCCUCAGAGAUCAUCUUCAAUGUUAAUCCAUACCGAAGACAAGGGGACAUCAAAAGCAAUUGUACAGUACCGCAAAAGUAAGAGUUUAUUCAAAACCCUACUAAGAUAUACUAGUCCAAGGAGGGUGAGAAACUAGAAUGAUAGAUGAAAGUCGUGUUUUGUGUACUACCCAACAAUUCUCUGCAAAUUCUUGAAAUCAUUUUACUUAAUCUCUUACACCAGUGCUAAUAUUGUACCAUAA